CAUCACCAGACGUUCAUUUCGCAGAAAAAACGUUUCUGAACACUCAAUUCACGGAAAAAUGUCACCAGACGUUCAUUUCGCAAAAAAAGCGUCUUCAGACGUUCAAUUCGCGGAAAAAACAAUACCAGACAUUCAAUUCGCGGAAAAAGCGUCUCCGGACGUUCAAUUCAUGAAAAAACGUCAUUAG